AAUCUGGGGCAGCGGAUGUAUAAAGUUGGAGUUGCUGGCUGUUGAUGAUGCAGAUCUUUUUUCUGUCAAGACGCCAGUGAAUAGGAUCUGCCACCUCCAGCUUCAAAAUGCCUUCCAUCUCCAAGGUCGCGUUGACGGCUCUCGCCUCAGUCCAGGGCGCCCAAGCCUGGGGAGUUUUGGGCCACGCAACUGUUGCCUACAUUGCCCAGCACUAUCUCAACUCUGCCACAGCAUCAUGGGCUCAGGGCGUCCUUGGUGACACCUCCACCUCGUACCUGGCCAACAUCGCCUCGUGGGCUGACGACUACCGGGCAACGACGGCUGGCAAAUGGUCUGCUCCCUUCCACUUCAUCGACGCCGAGGACAACCCGCCCACCUCGUGCAACGUCGACUAUGACCGGGACUGCGGCAGCGCUGGCUGCUCCAUCUCGGCCAUGGCCAACUACACCCAGCGCGUUGGAGACGGCCGCCUCUCCGCCGCCAACGUGCAGCAGGCGCUCAAGUUCCUCGUCCACUUUGUCGGCGACCUGACGCAGCCCCUGCACGACGAGGCCUACGAGGUUGGCGGAAACGACAUCGACGUCACCUACCAGGGCUACAGCGACAACCUGCACGCCGACUGGGACACGUACAUCCCCGAGACGCUGGUUGGCGGCGACUCCCUGGCCGAUGCCCAGACCUGGGCCAACACGCUCGUCGGCGACAUCACGUCGGGCGCGUACAAGUCGCAGGCGGCCAGCUGGAUCGCCGGCGACGACGUCAACGAUGUCAUCACCACGGCCACGCGCUGGGCCAGCGACGCCAACGCCUACGUCUGCACCGUCGUCAUGCCCAACGGCGCCGCCGCCCUGCAGACGGGCGACCUGUACCCGACCUACUACAACUCGGUGAUUGGCACCGUCGAGCUGCAGAUUGCAAAGGCCGGCUACCGCCUGGGCAACUGGCUCAACAUGGUCUACAGCGCCAACAUUGCCAAGCGCGAGGCUGGCGACGAUGCCGCUCCCAAGCCUGAUCUGCUGGGCCGAGACCUGCUGCCCGCUGCCCGUCCUGCGACUCGUGCCAAGCUUGCGAGGGCGGCUAUGGAGGGCGCGUGCUGCAAGAGCCGAGACCACGACCACAAGCACUAAGAAACGAUAUUUGGAAUGUGGUUUAGAUUGGAUGGUUCAAAAGGGUUUGCGAGCAUGGCGGGAAAGCGGGCUGAGCGAUGAUCUGGAAUGAGUAAUGAGAAAAUACCAUGGUGAAUAAAACACUUUUACGGAUAGUUGUUGACGUUGCUGAGUCUUGUUGUGUGUUUAUUCUCAACGGACCUUGUAAGCUGCACUAAGACAUGAGAGUUGGAGAAUUUCUCGAAUCAUCAUUUAUGUGCAUGCAUGAAAUAGAUGAAUUCAAUCUUGAAAAAUAGUAGAUUGAUACCAAUGGCUAUUUCUUUACUCUAAAAUAGAAAAGGAAUGAAAGGUUGUACUAUGUUCAUGG